GGCAGCAUGGACAUCCGCAAUGACGUCUCCCAGCUCCAGAAGCUGGAGAACUGCUCCAUCAUCGAGGGCAACCUGCAGAUCCUGUUGAUGUUCACCACGGGCGCCGAGGACUUUCGGGGGCUCAGCUUCCCCCGCCUGCUGAUGAUCACCGAGUACCUGCUCCUUUUCCGCGUCUACGGGCUGGAGAGCCUGCGCGAUCUCUUUCCCAACCUCUCCGUCAUCCGCGGCACCAACCUCUUCUUCAGCUACGCCUUGGUCAUCUUCGAGAUGCCCCAUCUGCGGGACGUGGGGCUGCACAGCCUGGGCCACGUCCUGCGCGGCUCGGUCCGCAUUGAGCGCAACCAGGAGCUCUGCCACCUCUCCACCAUCGACUGGGGGCUGCUGCUGCCCGACGCCAUGGACAACACCUACAUCGUCGGCAAUAAGUUGGCCGAGGAGUGCGCCGAUGUCUGCCCCGGCAUCCUGGACGUGGAGAAGCCGUGUGCGCAGACCAGCGUCAACGGGCAGCUAGAGUAUCGCUGCUGGACAUCCAGCUACUGCCAGAAAGUCUGUCCUGCCGUCUGUCCUGCCAUCUAUCUGCGCAGCCUUUCAUCCACCCCUCCAGCUGGUGAGUACUGCGCCAGCCUCCGCAAGGUCUCCGACAACCCCCGCGACGCCUCCAAGUUUGUCAUCCACCAGCGGCAAUGCCUCUCCGAGUGCCCCUCGGGCUACACCAGGAACGAGAGCAGCAUCUUCUGCCACAAGUGCGAGGGGCUGUGCCCCAAGGAGUGCAAGGUGGGCACCAAGACCAUCGACUCGACGCGGGCGGCGCAGGAGCUGGGGGGCUGCACCCUCGUCGAGGGCAACCUCAUCGUGAACAUCCGCCGGGGCUAUAACCUGGCAGCUGAGCUGCAGAGCAGUCUGGGGCUCAUCGAGACCAUCACGGGCUUCCUGAAGAUCAAGCACUCCUUCGCCUUGGUCUCCUUGUCCUUCUUCAAGAACCUCAAGCUGAUCCGUGGCGACUCCAUGGUGGACGGGAAUUACACCCUGUACGUCCUGGACAACCAGAACCUACAGCAGCUCUGGGACUGGAGCCACCACGUCCUCUCCAUCCCCGUGGGCAAGAUGUACUUCGCCUUCAACCCCAAGCUGUGCCUGGCCGAGAUCUACCGCAUGGAGGAGGUGACGGGCACCAAGGGGCGGCAGAACAAGGCGGAGAUCAACCCCCGCACCAACGGCGACCGGGCGUCCUGCAAGACCCAGACCCUGCGCUUCAUCUCCAACGUCACCGAGUCCGAUCGCAUCUUCCUCAAGUGGGAGCGGUACCGGCCCCCCGAGUACCGGGACCUCCUCAGCUUCAUCGUCUACUACAAGGAGUCACCCUUCCAGAACGUGUCGGAGUACGUGGGGCAGGACGCCUGCGGGGCGCAGAGCUGGAACGUGCUGGAUGUGGAGCUGCCGCUUAGCAGCGAGCAGCGGGACACAGGGAAGGGGUCCUGCCCCUCCCGACCCGCUGAUGGGCAGCUCCGCAUGGAGGGCGAAGCCGAGUCCUUCCAGAAGAAGUUCGAGAACUUCCUCCACAACUCCAUCAUCAUCCCCAGGCCACCCUGGAAGGUGACGUCCAUCAACAAGAACUCGCAGAGAUUUUCGAGGACAAGGCGGUUGGGCUGCAGCGCCGCCACCUUCGUCUUCGCCAGGACCAUGCCGGAGCUGCAAGCCGACAACAUUCCCGGCAACGUCACGUGGGAGCCGGCCAGUAAGAACAGCGUCCUGCUGCGCUGGGAAGAGCCCAGGAACCCCAACGGGCUCAUCCUCAAAUACGAGAUCAAGUACAGCCGCGAGAGCGAGGUGAGGACCCACCCUGGAAUCCCCUGCCAGGCCUUGCCAGCCGAGGAGGACUCCGGCAGCUUCUACGUCCUGCUCACCGUCACGCCCGUGGUCCUCAUGGUGCUCAUCUCCUGCCUCGUCGUCUUUGUCUUCUUCUACAACAAGAAGAGGAGCAAUGACGGGUACCCCAGCGGGACGCUCUACGCCUCCGUCAACCCCGAGUACUUCAGUGCCUCGGACAUGUACAUCCCGGACAAGUGGGAGGUGUCACGGGACAAGAUCACGGUGAUCCGGGAGCUGGGGCAGGGCUCCUUCGGGAUGGUGUACGAGGGGCUGGCGCUGGGGCUGAUCACCGAGGGCGAGGAGACCAAGGUGGCCCUGAAGACGGUCAACGAGUUGGCCACCAUGCGGGAGCGCAUCGAGUUCCUCAACGAGGCCUCCGUCAUGAAAGCCUUCAAGUGCCACCACGUGGUCCGUCUGCUCGGCGUCGUGUCCCAGGGCCAGCCAGCUUUGGUCAUCAUGGAGCUGAUGACACGUGGGGACCUGAAGAGCUACCUACGCUCGCUCAGGCCUGACGCAGAGAACAACCCUGGGCUGCCUCCGCCGUCGCUCAAGGACAUGAUCCAGAUGGCAGGGGAGAUCGCCGAUGGCAUGGCGUACCUCAACGCCAACAAGUUCGUGCACCGGGACCUGGCCGCCCGCAACUGCAUGGUGUCCGAGGACUUCACCGUCAAGAUCGGAGGUGGGGGGCGGCUCCCAGUCCGCUGGAUGUCCCCCGAGGCCCUCAAGGACGGCGUCUUCAACACGCAGUCCGACGUCUGGUCCUUCGGCGUGGUGCUGUGGGAGAUCGCCACGCUGGCCGAGCAGCCCUACCAGGGCAUGUCCAACGAGCAGGAUGCGCUGAUGGGUCUGAGGGUGGUGGGGCUGGGGGAUGCAGUGGUGGGGCAGUGGAACUGA